AUGAAUCGAUUAUUCGGUACGAAGAAUGCAGCUCCGAAGCCGACGCUGGAGGGCGCUAUCUCAAAUGUUGAUAAUCGGAUCGCCAGUAUAGAUGUCAAACUCGCCGCUCUGAACUCUGAGCUCUCGUCGUACCAGUCCAAGCUCUCCAAGAUGCGCGAUGGUCCAGGCAAAAAUGCGAUCAAACAGAAGGCGCUGAAGGUCCUGCAACGCCGGAAACAGUACGAAGCGCAGCGUGAACAGCUCUCCCAGCAGUCCUGGAAUAUGGAACAAGCGGGAAUGAUGCAGGACAACCUGAAGAAUGUUAUGACGACGGUGGACGCGAUGAAGACGACUACGAAGACCUUGAAGAAGCAGUAUGGCAAUAUUGACAUCGACAAGAUCGAACGCAUGCAAGACGAGAUGGCAGACCUGAUGGAUAUUGGAAACGAGAUCAACGAAAGUAUCUCUCGGGCGUAUGACGUUCCUGAGGACGUGGACGAGGCGGAGCUUGACGCGGAGCUGGAGGCUCUGGGUGAGGAUAGUCUGUUCGAGAGCUCCAUGGGCGAAAGUGCUAUCCCUAGCUUCAUGCAGGAUGAGGUGGCGCCACCUCAGUUCAUUGACGAACCUCCAGAGCAGACCAAGGUCAAGGAACCUGCUACCGGCUUGGGAUAA